UAGAUCAAACAAAGAACAAACCAUUGCUAUCACUUUCCCACAAAAUCACAGCAUGAAGAUUCACGGUUGCAUUUUGCUUAUAUUUCUCAUCGCUUCAGGCAUCGUUUUCAUCUCCUUUUUCCAACCAGAGGAAUACUUCUUCAGUACCGAAUAUGACGUUCGUGUCAUAAACGGCUUCUCCGACAAUUCCUCCGUGCCGCUGGUCAUCUGGUGUUCCUCCGAGGACAGUGAUCUCGGUGGACGUGCGCUCCAAGAAGGCGACGAUUUCAGCUGGACUCUCAAAACCAACUUCUGGGGCACCACUAAUUUCUUGUGCACCAUGAAGUGGGAAGAUAAAAGAAAACGUUUUGAUGCAUUUUUAGUUCGACGGGAUUCUCGCCGGUGUAACCCGUUUAGAAAGUGUUCUUGGCUGGUGAAAGAAGACGGGUUUUACUUCAGUAACGAUGAAGUGAACUGGAAGAAAGACUUUCCAUGGUACUAAACGUUCAGAUUAUUACAGUUUAUGAGGUGUUCAUUUUUUUUCUUUUUAAUUUGCUGUGUGUUUUGAUGAGGAAUAUGAGGCGUGUGUUAUUGUUA